GCUUCCCAGAGGCCGGGAUCCGGAGCCGCCCGAGGCCGGUGCCGCAGUCCCCGGCGUCCCCGGCACUGCACAUUCCCUGGGGCUCGGGACUGGGGCCGAGUGCAGUGCGGCUGCACAGAGGAGUCCUUUCCUGCCUCCUGGGUCUGCCCAGCCCAUCACCCAACUUCCAAGUCCUGGGCUGGAAGGAGUCCGCUUCCAGACAUGUCCUUCCGCAAAGUGGUUCGGCAGAGCAAAUUCCGGCAUGUGUUCGGACAGCCGGUCAAGAACGACCAGUGCUAUGAAGAUAUUCGAGUGUCCCGUGUCACUUGGGACAGCACCUUCUGCGCAGUCAACCCCAAGUUCCUGGCGGUGAUCGUGGAGGCCAGCGGCGGGGGGGCCUUCCUGGUGCUCCCCCUAAGCAAGACGGGCCGCAUUGACAAGGCCUACCCGACGGUGUGUGGACACACAGGACCCGUCCUGGACAUUGACUGGUGUCCCCACAAUGACGAAGUCAUCGCCAGCGGCUCAGAGGACUGUACCGUCAUGGUGUGGCAGAUCCCAGAGAACGGGCUGACCUCCCCGCUGACGGAGCCGGUCGUGGUGCUGGAGGGGCACACCAAGCGAGUGGGCAUCGUCACCUGGCACCCGACCGCCCGCAACGUGCUACUCAGUGCAGGCUGUGACAACGUGGUGCUCAUCUGGAACGUGGGCACGGCGGAGGAGCUGUACCGCCUGGACAGCCUGCACCCCGACCUCAUCUACAACGUCAGCUGGAGCCGCAAUGGCAGCCUCUUCUGCUCUGCAUGCAAGGACAAGAGCGUGCGCAUCAUCGACCCCCGUCGGGGCACCCUGGUGGCGGAGAGGGAGAGGGCGCACGAGGGGGCCCGUCCCAUGCGGGCCAUCUUCCUGGCAGAUGGCAAGGUGUUCACCACGGGCUUCAGCCGCAUGAGCGAGCGGCAGCUGGCGCUGUGGGACCCGGAGAACUUUGAGGAGCCCGUGGCCCUGCAGGAGCUGGACUCGAGCAACGGGGCCCUGCUGCCCUUCUACGACCCAGACACCAGCGUGGUCUACGUGUGCGGCAAGGGUGACUCCAGCAUCCGGUACUUCGAGAUCACGGAUGAGCCCCCCUACAUCCACUUCCUGAACACGUUUACCAGCAAAGAGCCGCAGAGGGGCAUGGGCAGCAUGCCUAAGAGGGGCUUGGAGGUCAGCAAGUGCGAGAUCGCCCGGUUCUACAAACUACAUGAACGCAAGUGUGAGCCCAUUGUCAUGACUGUGCCAAGAAAGUCGGACCUCUUCCAGGACGAUCUGUACCCUGACACAGCUGGGCCAGAGGCGGCCCUGGAGGCAGAAGAGUGGGUGAGCGGGCGGGAUGCCGACCCCAUCCUCAUCUCCCUGCGGGAGGCCUACGUGCCCAGCAAACAGCGGGACCUGAAGGUCAGCCGGCGCAACGUGUUAUCCGAUAGCCGGCCUGCCGCGGCCCCCAGCUCUGCCCGCCUGGGAGCCUCCACAUCUGCUGCCUCCACUCACACCAUCGCCCCCAGCGGCAGCCUCGCCGGAGCCGGGGAGGCUGGGAAGCUGGAGGAGGUGAUGCAGGAGCUCCGGGCGCUGAGGGCACUGGUCAAGGAGCAGGGGGAGCGCAUUGGCCGCCUGGAGGAGCAGCUCAGCCGAGUAGAGAAUGGGGAUGCUUAGGACCAUAGGCCCAGGGGGCGCCACUCCCCCUCACCUCCUCCUCCUCCUCCACCCCCUUCUCACCCAGCCUCUGUUGGCAAGUUCCACCGCCAGCUGGCUGCCUCCCGCCCCUGCCCGGGGCCUCCGGGGCAGGUUCAGGGGCAGUCCACAUCCUGACCCAUCCUGUGGGCCUGGGCUCGAGCCACCACCUGGCUCUUGUCGUUGUUACUGUGGAGGGUUUUUGUACCAGGGCAAGCUUAUACUUUGAGGGACCAUCUCCCCCCAGCUCCCUGCUCCUUCCCCAGAGUAAGCGGGAGGGACAGCCUCUAUAUUUUCAUUCCAAAUAAAAUUCUCUUUCUAAAA